UGCUGCGCGAACACUUGUUUUGCCGUUGUGAUCAACAAUCGAUAAAUUUCGAUUUUUUUUUUAAAUUUUUUGUUUGACAUCAUUUAAAUAAUGGAUAAUAUUGUUUCAAUUCUAAAGAAUCGUCAAUAUCAUCUGACAGGUGGAUUGCAUUCAAAUUCAAGUCCAAUUUUAAGGCGAAAUUUUCUACCUCCAUCACGUUUCGAUUCGCUGAUGGUUGAAAAACAUUAUAAUUUUAUUGAUUCUAAUGAAACAUGUGAUUCACCGAUUACUGCCAUAGCUCAACGACCGAAUAGCAACGAAUUACUAUUAGCCAAUGAUGUUGGCGAUGUUGUUGUUAUAGAAAAAUCAUCUUUUCGAGAAUUGAAAAAAUUUCAUGGACAUAAUUGUGCCGUAUUCGAUGCUAAAUGGCGACCCGAACAUUCGAAUCAAAUAUUGACUGCAGCUGGAGAUCGUAGUAUAAUUCUUUGGGAUAUUAAUCGUACCGAUCAAUCAUUGGCCAGUUUUUUUCCUGCACAUCAAGGUUCGGUUAAAAGUCUUUCGUUUCAUUCUACCAAUACGUUCGUCAGUGGUGGACGUGAUGGUGCCAUCAAAAUCUGGGAUCUCCGCACUUCUUGUAUCCUUAAACAUGGGCCAGAAUUAUCUAUUCCUGAUCCUCACAUCCAUAUUCUGCCAUCGAUCAAGUCCCCAAAUUUUCGCUCAGUAAAAUCACGUCGACAAAAUCCUAUUGCAUGGUCAUCACAAAAUAUCAAUUAUCAUCCUUCCAAUGUUGUCACCUGCGUUGAUUUCCAUCCUAUUAACAAUAAUUAUUUUUAUAGCUCUGGUAUAGCUGAUAAUUCGAUUAAGGUUUGGGAUAUACGUCAAUGUCGACGACAAUUUCAAUGCACUAUCCUACCUACACCAACGAAAAUUCAUACGACCAAAAAUAUUUCAUUAACAUCAAGUAUUCAUGGAUAUUCCUCUUUUUUCAUAGCCAAUAAUGGACGAGAUGGUUGUAUAUUAUAUGCUUCAUCUACAAAUGGUAGUAUUUAUGCAUUCACCAAUAAUUCAACUUAUCCAGUAAUGGCUCUUUCUGGACGAUAUUCGAAUUCACAAACCAAAAUUUCACCAUUUGGGGAAGAUUAUCUGUUGAGUGGCUCGAUAAACAGUCGAUUUUACAUUUGGAAUUGCAAUCUUCGGCGACCUUCUGAUUCGAAUGAUGAUAAUUUGAUAUCUAUUGAAAACCGUUUACCAUUGUUUGAAAUGAAAUUCGAUCAGCAUCAGGAAUUGUCAUUAAUUUUUGGUGAUUUCAAGGAUCAGAACAUUUAUUGUGCAUCCGAACCGCAUGUUUUGUGGAAAUGGUCGUUUGGUAUCGGCAAGCAUCAAAAUUCUGAAGAAAUCGAUUAUAUGCAUUCUGUACAUCAGCCUAUUCUUCAACAAUUCAAAAGACCCGAAAAUCAUUCAUCAACAUUACAAAUUAGCCUGAAACGAGCAUCAUCAUUCGAAGCAAUUACUCAACGAAGAUCAACUAGUUUAACAAGGCCAUUGUCAUCCAUUACUAAUUGGAUACAUUCGGAGACGAAACGUUUUAAAUCAAAUAAUAAUGAUUCAAGUGAUUCACCAUCAUCGAAAAGUGCCAAUAAAAAUAUCAAUACUAGUAUUGAUAAUGAUGGUCAGGAAAAUCGAAAGUCAAAAUCAACGUCACAUAAAUUAAUGACUAAAAAAUAUUCACAAAAACGUGGUUUACGAAAAAAUCUGAAACGAAAUCUUUUUAGUGAUAAUCGAAAAAUUAGUGAAUUUUUCUCCAAAACCGCCGAUAAUUCUCAAUCAAUUAUGAUUUAAAAAAACUUUACUUUUCAAUAAAAAUAACAAUAUUCUAUUCUG